UAAAUAAUUUAAUAACUCACUUCGUGCGCUGUCUCCUCAGUGUUAUAGACAGUUAUUAAAAAAAACAUGAGUACGAAUGUGUAGAAUCACAACUACACAAUAUUCAAAAUGUGUUAUAAAUGUAACGAGGAUGCAUGUAUCUUUAACUAAAUUUGGCUUCUGAAACAAUAUAGGAACAAUUUUUGACAAAAUAUUUUUAUAUAAACUUCUGGAAAUUCUAACUACAACAAAUCAUGCAAAAGUGGGCAGGUCAAAGCAACUGGAGAGGAGAGAAAAAAAGGAUAUAACAUUUUACUAUAAUUAUCCCUUUUAUUCUUUACACAAUAAUACACUUAUCAAUUAUUUUGAUAAUAAACUUCAUGAUACUAAAAUUUAAACUUAAAUUUAUAUCCAGUGGGUAUAUAGCGCAAAGAAAAGUAAAAAGUACAGUGUUUAAGAUUAUGAGAAUAUCAGUCCCAAACAAGCAUCUCUAAUGCACAAUUAUUUUAAGACAAUGCAUUUGGGAAAGCAUUUAUUGAGUCCAUUCUACUGCCACCUACUUGAAAAGCACUGUGAUUCUUGAUAUUUUGAUUCCAUGAAAUUAAAAUAAAAUAAAGUUAAUAAAAUUUGACUAGUCAGUUAAAGUGAUUUUAAAAUAAUAAAUGGCUGAGUUCAUCUUGAGUUUGGCAACUCUGUUAGUUUUACAUAUCUAAGAACUUAUUUGUGUGUCUUCCUAAAUGUUUGAAAUUUAAUUUCUAUUUCAUAUAAAUGGAAAUAGACUAGUGUGUUUUAUAACUGAUUUGUAUUUUAUUAGCUGCCUGACUCAAAUAGCACACUUAAAUAUACCAAAACCCUUUGAAUGAGUAGUGGCAAAUGCUGAAAUAAUAAUAAUUAACCCUAAGAGAAGAUAAAUCUGAUCUACAGACCUUGGCUUAGUGAUCUCAAGAGGAUUUGGUAACAGCAGUGGGAUAUGCAUAUUUAGCUAGAAGUAAGGCCCACUGAGAAUGCUCUUCAGCAUAUAAAGACUGCAGUUUAAGCUAUCAAGUUCUUAGCAAUCCAGUUUGAUUGCUGACGCCUAUAAUUUAUGGUUUGCAUUUUAUAUUUUAAGCACCAGUAAUGUAUUUACAGAAUAUAUUCUGCAAGAAAUAUUUACCUCCAGGAAGUAUUCUUAAUAUUUACCUCCAGGACAUUCUUAAGCCCAUGCCGACAAUCAUUACAGUCCAAGCAAAAAAAUUCUCCGAUUUUAGUGGGAUUAUUAGACUCCUGGGUUAAGGUCUGCGACUUGCUACAAUGUCAAUGUAAUUCAAUGCUUCACACUGUGCGCCUUUUCUCAGCAGGCAACCAAGGAAGGAAGGAAAGGAAGGAAGGAAGGGAAGAGGAUUCCUGAUGCCUUAGGAUUUCAGUUGUUAGAGCUUUGCUGCAUCUCCUCUGAGAAGAGAAUCUAAAUGGGCGGCUGGUGUCACAUACCAUUUUUUGUUUUCAGCAAAAAGCUGGCGAUUGGAGAAGGCAAUCGGAAAACCCUGAUACGUCAGAAAGCGGAGGCAACUGCAGAAGCGCGUUCUAGAGACCUCCCUCCGGUUCGUUGGGCACAACGCUCCCUUCGUUGGGCACAACGCUCCAGCGCGAAUCACCCUUCACGGUGGUGGCCAGAGGAGAGGGCUGUGUCCAUCGGCAGGCUCAAUCCAGCCCGGCCGGUCGGUCCUCGGUCCGGAUAGCAUAAGCAUUUUCCUCGGUAAAGGAAAUGGGAGGCCUGUGGUGCUAGAGCCAAGUGGCCAACGAAGAGCCCGCCAUUAUUGUCUGAGCAACGGCUCUCAGGCCGCCCCUUCACCUGUUGGCGGUCCCUGCCGCUUGGGACUCUCCGGGGCAGUCCAGAAAAUCUGGCCAGUGGGCCAGAAGCCUCAACUUUCGGGGUGGGGGGAACGAGUCGCCAAUGGAAACGUCUGCCUGCACAGCCCUCGGGGUCCCGAUGGGAAGCCGCUCCCAUAAGAUCCAGCUUGGUUUGGAAGUGCCUUGCUGCCAUUUCCUACCCGGCCGGCCGUUACCAGCGGGAAGGGCGCUCAGAGAUCAGAAGCGCCGCCUCGGGGAAGGGGGGAACGUGGCUCUCUCAAGUCCCGUCGGGCAUUGGCGAACCCGCCGAGGCUCAACUGGAGGCGUUUUUCAAGGCCGGCGCGCUCUCCGCGGCGGUUAGAAGGGUUCGCAUCUUCACCGCCGUCCGAUGAAAUGCCUGCCCACGGACGGACUUGCCUCGGACCGUUCGGGUGCUGGAGCGCCAAGCGGCCUCUGGCGUGUUCCACGAUCAAGAGCGUCGGAUUUCGAAAUCGAGGCGCUUUGGAAAGGGGGGAAACUAUGGCUCGAGCAGAGGGCUUAAGCGAUGCGUCUGAGGGGUGAAUCCUACAAAGCUACACCAGGGGGAUCAUGAAUGCCAUUUUAGGGAGGGAAAUAAGCCCCUGAAACAGUCUCAGCACACAGUAAGCCCAUUUGUUUCCCACCAGCAUCCAGGAGAAUGAAACGGGGUCUGAAGGCCGAAGGGCGUUUUGCAAGGGGAGCCCCGACUUUACAAUGUGGAAGAAGGUCCCGCUGAUUUCGAGGGCUUAUUUCUCGCUGAUGCACGCCUCCCGCUUUCCGGAUGGCGCUUAAAAGUAAAGUUAACCUUAAGAGGCCCUCGGGGCUUCGAAAAGCUCCCUCCCCAGUACCGGACGUUCCUCCUCGGGAACUGGGUUUUUGGGACCAGCGCCCCGUACAUACUGCUGUGCUGGGAGGCGUCCUACAAAUAUGCCCCACUUCAGCUCCUCCUGGGAUGCUCCUUGCGGAGAAAAAUGCUGUCCCGACCCAAUGCCAAUAUGAGCUCCGCUAACCUGGCCCACCCCCACCCCCACGUGUCCUUUUAGUUAAAGCCGAAUUCACGCGAGGGUAGGCUGCCCACUUCGGAUCAUUAAAAGACAUUUAUUUUUGCAAGUACGUCCAGAACACUCAGCGUCUCUUGCAGAUACCUCUGUUACACAAUUGCAGAGAAGACCACAAUGCACCUCAAUCACUAACAAACACAAAUCGUGCUGACCACCAGAAUGCGUGGCUUCAGAAACUCAGUCCGGAAAAUUGACAAACCCGGUCGUCCACGGGAUACCUCAUUCGUCUUCUAGCAAUCUAAGAAGACAACAUUUGCAUCCGAUCGAUUAUGACCCGUCAAAUUGUUCUUCAUGGUAUUUAACUGGGCUUGGAAGAGCGGGGGAGGCUCCUCUUGGCAUUUGAGGUCAAGGUUAGGAAACUUCUUAACACUAGGCCGGCCAGCUGACCAGUGGAAAACUGUCCGGGAGAUUUCCAACGGCUACGAGGCAGCUCCCGUUGAGCCCUGUUCAGAAAAGCAGCGGGUCCCCGCUCUCUUUCUCCAACAGCGAACCCCUUCUCCAGUUUGCUGGUCGAAUGGUGGUAGGCUUGUGACACCUGCAGUCCCGUUUGCGCCAGAAAGCGACUCUGACUGAGCCUUUCGAGUUCCUCGAAGUCUUUUCCUGGCGGCACCGCCUUGAAGCGCCCUUUUGAUCAUUCCCCAUAGAUAGGCGGCCUGGCUGGUCGUUCUGUGCCAUCAGCCCCCUACCUUUACUUUGUGUGUUUCUCUCUCUACCGCCAAGAGAGGGAUUAAUUAACCGGGCUGGAGCUGAAAGAGGCUGCCGUGACGAGCCCAGUGGCGAUUGGCCGCCCGCCUGCCUGGCCCUGCCUUUAUAAUUUCCACACGAGUGCAUCUGGGUUCUUAUACAAACCAACAGCCAGCUUCUUCUGGUACAUACACACACCGAGAGAGCGAAGCACCGGCACUUCCUUUGCAAUCUACCCACCCUACACACAUGGUUGCUACUCCGAGAGAAGCUCACAUAAAUAUAUGUAUCCAGAGGUGUAAUUCAGACUAUUGGAAGGCUUGCUAAAUUUGUUCGAACUUUUUUAAACUUUUUUUUUCUAACAGCAGAUUUCUAUGCGUUUUGCUGUUCACUGAAAGAUCCUCCAACGGCACGCUCUGAGUACAUCGAAGCAGGGCGUGUGUUUGAUAAGGAUCGGAGAUCUGUCCAGAACUAAACGGCCCAUCUAGCAGCAGCAAGAAAAAGCAUCCGAGCUGGAAAGGAACAGAAACGCCGCCUCCGCCUCCUAGCGCCUUUUUUUAUAACCUUCUGGUUACGUUUCCGAGCGUAAGACACUCUGAUUCUCCUCUGAAGUUGGCUCCAGCCUUAGCAGCCGCAUUGGAUCCCACAGCAUACUGCGAGACUCCGGUCUACAAUCCGGAUCUCUGCCCCAACAUGAUCGCAGCCCAGGCCAAGCUGGUUUACCAUCUAAAUAAGUACUACAACGAGAAAUGCCAAGCCAGGAAAGCGGCCAUCGCGAAAACUAUCCGAGAAGUCUGCAAAGUGGUCUCGGACGUGCUAAAGGAAGUGGAAGUGCAGGAGCCCCGCUUCAUCAGCUCCUUGAACGAAAUGGACAACCGCUACGAGGGGCUGGAAGUCAUUUCACCCACCGAGUUCGAAGUGGUCCUUUACCUGAACCAAAUGGGCGUUUUCAAUUUUGUGGACGACGGCUCGCUGCCCGGUUGCGCGGUGCUCAAAUUGAGCGACGGGCGCAAGAGGAGCAUGUCCCUUUGGGUGGAGUUCAUCACGGCCUCGGGUUACCUCUCAGCCCGCAAAAUUCGCUCCCGGUUUCAGACGCUCGUGGCCCAAGCCGUGGACAAAUGCAGCUACCGAGACGUUGUGAAAAUGGUGGCGGACACCAGCGAGGUGAAGCUGCGGAUCCGGGAUAGAUACGUGGUGCAGAUCACGCCGGCGUUUAAAUGCACCGGGAUCUGGCCCAGAAGCGCUGCCCACUGGCCCCUGCCCCACAUCCCCUGGCCGGGUCCGAACCGCGUGGCCGAGGUCAAAGCCGAAGGCUUCAACCUCCUGUCCAAGGAAUGUCACUCGCUGGCGGGCAAGCAGAGCUCGGCCGAGAGCGAUGCCUGGGUCUUGCAGUUCGCCGAGGCCGAGAACAGACUUCAAAUGGGCGGUUGCCGAAAGAAAUGCCUCUCGAUCCUCAAAACGCUGCGGGAUCGCCACUUGGAGUUACCUGGGCAGCCCCUGAACAACUACCACAUGAAGACCCUGGUUUCCUACGAGUGCGAAAAGCACCCGCGGGAAUCGGACUGGGACGAGUCUUGCCUGGGCGACCGCCUUAACGGGAUUUUACUGCAGCUCAUCUCCUGCCUUCAGUGCAGGCGGUGCCCGCAUUACUUCUUGCCUAACUUAGACCUUUUCCAAGGCAAACCUCACUCCGCCCUGGAAAACGCAGCCAAACAAACGUGGCGGUUGGCGAGGGAAAUACUCACCAACCCCAAAAGUUUGGAAAAACUUUAGGAGGCCGAGGAGACGCAGCCGUCAACUAUUCAGCCGCCUCCUUCUCUUUCGAGGAUUCUGUGGGGAAAACUCAGGUGCUGCCAGCCGACCACGAGAAACGCCAGCCUGCAACAGAAGGAAGAGGCCGACCCCGCAGGCGAAGCGCACCGCAAGGAUUACGACUUGUCACCAACCCGGCGUCCACCUCCCGUUCGGAAAAACAAAACAAAGAUGUUAUUAUCACCUGGGGAGAGGCAAUAGCGGCUACACUUCAGCCUGCCUUAGAGCAUUGCUGAACAGAAACCAGACACGGGAAUUAUAUUAACCAGGCCAGUAUUUUCUUUUCUUUUCUUUUCUUUUUUGCGCGAGGCCACCCGAACAAAGAAAAGCAAACAAGCCUACCACGGUUGUCUCCCCUCCCCUCCCAACCCCUGUACAUUUUAAAACAUUGUAUGGAAUAUUGUGAUCUCGCAUUGUCUUUGAAAUUGUGGAUGUUAGUGUUUUGUGAAUUGGUGAAAAAGUUUAAAUUGCCAUUGUUGGAUACUUCAAGACAUUUUCUGCUCACAAGAAGAUACCCUUUCAAAAAGAUCCUUGUUAGAUUGAAAAAUAGACGAGACUGAUGAAACCUGGAAGCCUUUUGAAGACAAAGCAUGGUAAAAAAGAG